GACAAACGGGGAAGAGUUUGUCGGAUUGCAUUGUGAGUGGGUUUAAGUGUAACAAUGUUGUUUGAUAAGUCACAAAACAAAUGAGCUAAAGUCCAGCAUAGCAUGCUUGAAACUGUUUUAGAACAAAUGAGCUGCAUUUUCCAUAUCGUAUGGGUUAGCAAUUGCAAAGCAAUCUACACGGGAUUUGGGAGGAUAGCAUUUUCCAAUUUCCAGGGAUUCGUAUGGAAGAGCUACUAGUUGUUGCAUCAAAUGUUUAUCUCCUUCCGAUUACUUCUCACUGAACUCUCAAGAUCCAACCAAACCAUUUCAAGAACCAAACAGCUCCAUGCUAUAAUUCUCAAGACCCAUCUCUCCCAUGACCCCUUUUACGCUACAAGAAUCAUCAGAUUCUACGCCCUCAAUGAAGACAUUGUCUCUGCACACCACCUGUUCGACGAAACUCCCCACAGAAGCAUUUUCCUUUGGAACUCCAUCAUUCGGGCUUACGCGAGAGCCCACAGAUUUUCCAAUGCAUUUGAGUUGUUUAAAGACAUGCUGGACUCUGGAACCAGGCCGGAUAACUUCACGUUUGCCUGCAUUUUACGUGCGUGCUCCGACAAGUUUGAUUUCAGUGGGUUGAGAGUGGUUCAUGGAGGAGUGGUCGUGUCCGGGCUGGAAUUGGAUUCCAUUUGCAGUAGUCAACUUGUGAGUGCAUAUUCGAAGUUGGGUCGUUCGGAGGAGGCUAUCAAGGUGUUUGAUGGGAUAGCUGAGCCGGAUUUAGUGCAUUGGAAUUCAAUGAUUUCAGGGCAUGGCUGUCUUGGGGAUUGGAAAAACGGACUUCUCCUGUUUAUUAAGAUGCAGAGAAUGGGGAAAAAGCCUGAUUCAUUUACUUAUGUUGGCCUGAUAAUGUGCCUGGAUUCUCCGAGUUUGCUGAGAAUAGGGAAAAAUGUUCACAGCCUGUGUUUAAAGUUUGGUUUCGAGUCAAAUGCUCAUGUAGCCAGUCUUCUGGUGAGUAUGUACUCGAGAUGCAAGUGUAUGGGUUCAGCUUGUAGGAUUUUUGAUAGUUUACUCGAGCCUGAUAUGGUUACUUGGUCUGCUAUGAUUUGUGGCCUAUCUCAGUCGGGGGAUAUCACGAAAGCCUUGGAUUUCUUCAGGGAAAUGAACAUGGAAGGUGGAAAGGCUGAUCCUUUAUUGAUAGCUAGUGUGCUCUCUGCUGCAGCUCAAUUGGCAAUUGUCCAGCCCGGUAGGGAGAUUCACGGUUUUGCUGUUCGAUGUGGCUAUCACCUCGAGGUUUCGGUAUCUUCUGCUCUAAUUGACAUGUAUUCUAAAUGUGGGUUCUUGAAUUUGGGCAUCCAAGUCUUCAAAGCCAUGCCUAAUAAGAACAUCAUUUCAUACAAUUCAAUGAUCUCAAACCUCGGUUUACAUGGAAAUGCAAACGUGGCCUUUGAGAUCUUUGAGGAGGUAUUGGAGAAAGAGUACAGCCCAGAUGAAGCUACUUUCUCUGCUCUUCUUUCUGCUUGCUGCCAUAGUGGUCUUGUUCGUGAUGGAAGACGAUAUUUCAGGACAAUGAAUGACAAAUUCGGCAUUCAACCCAAAACCGAGCAUUAUGUUUACAUGGUAAAGCUUCUUGGGAUGGCUGGAGAGUUGGAAGAAGCUUAUGAACUUAUCCAGUCUAUUCAAGAACCAGUAGAUUCGGGCAUUUGGGGGGCGCUUUUAUCGUGCUGCGAUGUCCAUGGAAAUUACAGAUUGGGAGGGAUUGUGGCUAAACAUCUGUUUGACAAUAAUAAGGUAGAGAAAAGUAGUUAUGGGGUUAUGGUGUCCAAUAUGUAUGCUGGUGAUGGAAGGUGGGAGUGUGUGAAGAAGUUGAGGGUUGAUAGGGAAGCCAUAAAGGGAAAGAUGCCUGGAAAAAGUUGGAUUAGUAAUAUCAAAAUGUAAUAUAUGUUAACCUAUGAGGUGUUCAUGUUUCCCUUAUUAAAGUUUAUAAUGUAAGAGUAAAAAGUGCCUGCUA